CUUAUUAUUUAUAAUUUAUAAAAAAAGAAAAGAAAAACUAUAAUCUGAAGAUUCUCUCACUUGAUAAUCUCUAUUUGUAUAAACGUGAGUUAAGCUAAUUGGCUAAUGUAAUAUACCCUCCUUCUUGCACCCAAAUUUGAUCCCCUUUCCCAUACGUUAGUAUAUACGGCUUUGUUGAGGAAAAAAAAAAAAAAAAUUAUCUCUCUCAUUUUUCCUUUCAUACUUGGGCUUUGUUGUUUCAAAAAUUAAUCGGGCCCCAAGUUUCAACACUGGCCCAAACGCACGGGCCUGAGCAACCCCAAGGCCCUUAUGUGGCAACAAAACGCCAGGACGCGCCAAAACAAAGAACCGUAGGAGUGGUCGUUCCGCCGCCAUAAAUUAACUGGUUUUCAAAAACUGAAAAAUUUGCUGAGAAAAUUAAAAAUAGAAGAACAAAGUGAUGAGGAUGAUGAUGACGAAGGUCAUCUCUACCGUACAUGGGCAAAUACCCAGAACGCGUUUACUUCAAUGGCGGUCUGCAACCCAUGCUAUAUAUCAAUUACCAUCUUCAGAACCACCUGACCUUUCUGAAACCCUAGCCUCCACGCGCUCGGUGUUUUCAAACCCAUGCUUUAAUCUCCUCGUUUUGUGCAGGAACAUCGAUUCCCUUAAGAAAGUCCAUAGUUUGCUCGUCCUCCACGGCCUCUCCAACGAUCUUCUUUGUCGUACUAAACUGAUUAGCUUAUACGGGUCAUUUGGGUACGUCAAAUGUGCCCGGUUGUUGUUCGAUCAAAUGCCAAGCCCGGAUUUUUAUUCGUGGAAGGUGAUGCUGAGGUGGUACUUUAUGCACAACUUGUAUGCCGAGGUUAUGGGGUUCUAUACUAGUAUGAGAAUAUGCGUCAGAGAACAUGACAACGUUGUUUUCUCGAUUGUUCUGAAGGCUUGUAGUGAAUUGCGGGACUUCAAUGAGGGGAGGAAGGUGCAUUGCCAGAUUGUUAAGGUGGCCAGUCCUGAUAGUUUUGUGUUGACGGGUUUGGUGGAUGUGUAUGCAAAGUGUGGAUGGAUUGAGUGUUCUCGUGCGGUCUUUGAUGGAAUUGUUGAUGGAAAUGUGGUUUGCUGGACUUCAAUGAUUGUGGGGUAUGUGCAAAACGAUUGUCCCCAAGAUGGGUUGGUCUUGUUCAAUAGGAUGAGAGAGGAGUUGAUUAAAGGGAACCAAUUCACGUUAGGGAGCGUUCUUACGGCGUGUACAAAGUUAAGAGCUUUACAUCAGGGAAAGUGGAUUCAUGGACAUUUGAUUAAAACUGGUAUUGAAGUUAGCUCUUUCUUGGUGACAUCUCUUCUCGACAUGUAUGUCAAGUGUGGCGACAUCAGAUAUGCUCGUUCUAUAUUUGAUGAGCUUCCUGCAAUCGAUCUUGUAUCAUGGACAGCAAUGAUUGUUGGGUACACUCAAAGUGGGUGUCCAGAUGAGGCCUUGAAGUUGUUUACGGAUGAGAAAUGGGUUGGUCUCUUGCCCAAUUCUAUCACCACUGCAAGUGUGCUUUCAUCUUGUGCACAGUCAUGUAAUUUGAAUUUGGGAAGGUCAAUCCAUGGUCUUGGGAUUAAACUCGGGUUGGAAGACUCUACUGUCAGAAAUGCUCUAGUGGACAUGUAUGCAAAAUGUCAUAUGAUUGGUGAUGCUCGUUACAUCUUCGAAACAAUCUUGGACAAGAAUGUCAUUGCUUGGAAUUCAAUUAUUUCUGGGUAUUCCCAAAAUGGGUCGGCAUAUGAAGCCCUCCAACUGUUUCAUCAAAUGAGAUCAGAAUCCUUCUCGCAUGAUGCUUUCACAUUGGCAAGUGUCCUUUCAGCAUGUACUACCCUAGGUUUUCUUUCAGUAGGUUCAUCGCUUCACGCUCACUCACUAAAGGAUGGCCUGCUAACUUCAAAUAUCUAUGUCGGCACUGCACUGUUAAACUUAUACGCCAAGUGCGGGGAUGCUGAAUCUGCUCGUCUAGUUUUUGAUGGAAUGGGAGUGAAGAACACAGUCACGUGGAGUGCAAUGAUUGGUGGUUAUGGAGUUCAGGGUGACAGCAGAGGUUCCCUAGCACUUUUUAGUGAUAUGUUGAAGAAGCAUUUAGAGCCCACCGAAGUAAUCUUCACGACUUUGUUAUCAGCUUGCAGCCAUACAGGAAUGGUUGAAGAAGGGCGGAGGUAUUUUAAUUCACUGUCCCAGGACUAUAACUUCAAGCCCUCUAUGAAGCAUUAUGCAUGUAUGGUCGAUCUAUUGGCUCGUGCUGGCAAACUUGAAGAGGCCUUGGAGUUCAUUGAGAGAAUGCCGGUUCAGCCAGAUGUUAGUUUGUUUGGGGCAUUUCUCCAUGGAUGUGGACUCUAUUCAAGAUUUGAUCUUGGCGAAGCCGCGAUAAGAAGAAUGCUAGAGUUGCAUCCUGAUGAAGCUUGCUACUAUGUGCUAAUGUCUAACCUGUAUGCUUCAGAUGGUAGAUGGAGCCAGGUUAAUCAAGUUAGAGAGUUAAUGAAGCAGAGAGGAUUGAGCAAGUCCCUUGCAUAUAGCCAAGUGGAGAUGGAUAUCAGAAAUGACAUUGCACCUGUUAAAGUGGCAUGUGUUGGUUAGUCAUA